GACCCUGCCCACUAAACCACUACAGCCCAUCAUAAUCCCCCCUCUCUCUCUCCCAUAUUAGGAGGCUACCAGGAGUCCCUGUGUACAAUAACUCAGCAAUUCGGUAAAGCUUCAAGUUGCUUAAGCCUUUCAUCUCUGCUCGAUGGUACUUACUCUCUUCUGCAAGAUGCAGCAAAUAUGCUAACCUUAACCGAUAGUCUUCCUUUAUCCCUCUAAACGUAUAUCCAGACUCCGACAGCGAUGGAGAAGCCGAUAAUACUCGAGAAAUACAAGUUCGUUAAUUCCAUUUAUUACAACGAAUUAUAGCGCACUAAAUUUACCCUUAACAGAUCGAAGAAGCUCUGAAGCUUUACCAACGGGCACUAAAAUUACAUACAGAUGGUGAAUGGGAAGAGGCACAUAAAGCUUAUGACGAACUGUUUGGCUCCGGGGUAUUCCAAGGUAAUGCGGAAGAGGAACAGGUAACUCAUACCCUCCUUAAGUUAAUCUAGGGCCAAGCUCUUAAUAUUGCGCAAUUGUUUUAGGUUCAUGGAAGGGGUUCGGCUCCUGGAUCUUCGCUGCCUCUUGUUUUGUAUUUAGCAUACAAGAACCACGGCGCCUUCAAACUGGACAGAUUAAAGGCUAGCGGAGUUGAAGCUGGGUCGGAGUUCGAGCUUACAAUUCAACAGGCGCUGGACUGGUUUUCCACAGCGCUCGGAAGGGAUGCAGGAGAUUCUUCUUUGUGGCGCAAGGCUGCUCAGCUAUCGUUAGCGAUUGACUCCUGCCGCCUCAACCGGUUCGCCUUAGAGUCAGUACUGGACCACGAAACCGUCGGCGCAGAUUCGGGAAGCGAUACGCUUGCACUUGUGGUAGGCGGAAUCCCUAAUCCGGAAGAAUAUCUUGCCACCAUACAGCUUAGGGAUGUCCUCAGGAAGGUUUGUGAUACGGCAGUUCUAGAGAGCGACAAAAUCAAACAUCUAUCGAAGCAAAAAUUACAUCCACGAUUCCGGAAAUACACAAACCCGUAUCCCUGGAUCCCUCUUCCGAAGGAGGAAGAUACAAAAACUCUUGGGGAUGUUCUACAACAAAUAACAAUAAAUAAGCAGACAGCCGAGUCUUCGUUAAGAACAUGGCCAGGCGUCGGUAAUGCAAUUCUGUCCCAGAUAUCUAGCGAUGACACUUCGGUACAAGCCCUGAAUGCAUCAUCGUGUUUGCAUAUUAUUAUCCCUAUCCUAGAGGGAGAGGAUAUGUCUCGAGAAACCACCCCCGAUGAGCCUACUCCUGGAUCUGGUGGGAAAUCAGAAACAGCAACUGCCGAAGAGAACGAGGAUACCGCCAUGACUGAUGCCUCUGUUGUGGAGCUUGCACCUCCCCCUGCUGCCGGACGGCGUCGAAGUGGCUCUGCGACCCGAAAACGUAAGUCUGCUUCAUUAGGAGCAGAUGGCGGGGAUGGAGGGAGGUCAAGGUUGAGUAAGAGACAACGUGAUAAGAAGGAGGCAGACGCUGCGGCUGCGGCUGCGGCUGCGGCAGCUCCCGAGUCCAAGCAAAAGGUUCGGCGGGAAACGCAGAAUGAGAGACUGUUUAACACCGCCGAUGAAUGCUUUUCGCCCCUGGGUGUUUCAUUGGGAACUGCCUCAAGUUUAAUGCCCAAGACGAGCAGCAUUAGUGGCGAAAACAACGGGGCUAAUGAGGAUUUAUAUCUCGAUGACUUCAAAAAGAUACUACAGGACUGGGAUGAUGACAAGGGAAAUGUCCUGUUAUACGGAGACGGUAUACAAUCCCCCGACGAAGCCUCCCAGGGGAUGGCCUUUCUAGACCUAGAAGCAAAUGUCCCAUCCCGGCCCGUUCUAUCCGGUGACGAAAAUCUCAGAAAAUGGGUCAACUCUGUCAACGCCCGCGGUUUGAGUCCAUUAGAGGCAGGCUUUGAGUGGCUGAAAGCCCUCUGCAUGCGGGAUGUGCCCAACUUAGGAAAGACUAGGAAGACUCGGGGGUCGUUGGGAACAUCGACAGCCAGCAGUUGGAUUCGGCAUAGCUGGCCAGAGCCAUUGAAAGAGGUUGUAACCGCAAUGGCUAAUGUGUGCGAGGAAAUGUGCUGGGGUUACUUCAAGGGAUAUCUUGAAAACUUUGCGGGUCAUCCUCACCCAUUUGGAGAUGACGAUUACGCCAUAAUCGAGUGGGCCCAAACCAUGUUUGAAAUAUAUCUCGGUGACUUGGCGGCAGGAGAGCGGCAAAAGAGCGGUGCUGAGCUCUCAGUCCGGGGAGAGGAAGAAUUGGAGAUCAGGAGGGAAAAGGCAAAGAGAUGGAGUUUCCUUGUCAGAGAUCUGAUGUAUUGUCGUCCAAGAGGUAGUGAUGGCAUUGUGGAGGACCAAUUGACCAUGAGAUGUCUUUGGGCUAUUGCAGUUUUUACGGCAUUUACCGGUGUUUCCAGAGAGUUCAGGCUGGAAUGCUUUGGCGAUUUGAAGGGUAUUAUGUCCAACAAUAAGCUCCACUCAAUUGAGCUUCCCAACAGCUCCAUCAUGCCAGAAAUCUCAGCUCUUAGGGCCGAUCGGGAAAUCAGUAAGCUUAAGACCGUUGAUUUCUUUACAUCUAUAUUUCAAGUCACAACCAGUAUAGGAGGCGCCGAAAAAGAUCCUAAUGAGGUUAUCGAAAUUCUUGAAGCCGUUCUGGAGCCUGGGGUGGUUAGCCCGUACGACGAGCAAGAGCGCCGGAUACUCGAAGAAAUAACCAGAUUUCUUGAAGGCUCCAGUGCAAUGUUUAGAUUGCACCUCUGGGAAAAGCUCAAGGUAGCCUAUGAAAAAGUAGGCUAUCGCCCAAAAGUGCUUUCUUGCGUAUUGAGAUCAUUAGAGGUUGUGGUUGGCGAUUUGAAAAGUAGGAGUUACCUCGAAUCUUCGGAGGACCAUCGCCACUUUGUUCUACUGCGGUCAUUACGCCUCGUGGAAGAGAUGUUGCCCGUAAUCCUGGGACUCGUCUCUGGGGGUAAUGGGUUUGUGAAUUUGUCCGAAAUCGACCGAGAUGGGCUGGUGGACUCGAUGAAGUCAAUGACUAUCUUGCUGAGACUCUUACAUUGUUACGCUUUUUGGGAGAGUGCAGUCCUCAACCAUGAGAUCACGGCUAGCAACCUACAUUCUUACCGCCUAGUCGUAGUGAAGUUUAGGGAAAUGAUGGUACGAGCUUGGGUAGUGAUGUACUCAAUUUAUAAAGAAACAGCCGACAGGGGGAUGGGUAGCGACAGCCUUGACUUAGAGGAAGGAGAGAAGGAGGAACGAUUAGCGACUCUCCUAAGGGACAUGCAUCAGGAGCUCGGGGGCAGAAACUACUGCCGGUUAUCAGACCGUAAGCUUGCGCCCCCCACUACGAAGCCUCCCGCCGGGCCGCAGCUAAUUUUCGGAAACCCAGAUACGUUACUGAGACUAACGCAUGAUGAACUUCUGAGGCUCGAUCUUCGAGAUUUUGACCACGAUCUGUUGCAGUGCAUAUUCUGUCGAUUUCACAUUGCCAUAUGCGUAAACAAUCCCACCGUGUUCACAGUAUAACGCCCUUCUAACUUCGGCAAUUGCAGUCUGACCAGGUUAUCUUCAACGACCAUAAGACGGAUCCAGAACCCUUCGACAAAGCGACAGCUAUGCAGUUGAUGGAUUUCAUCCUCCUCCUAGCAUCUCAAAAGAAGGAUAUGCAGCUACACAAAUCAGACGUGAAAGGUGCCCUGGAGAGGUUUUUCGAGGUUCUCGGCCCUCCUAGAAAGUCCUCAAAUAAUAAGAUCGUCCUCAACGAAUCAGUCAUAGAUCGGUACCUUCGCAGCUCUAUAAACCCCCUCAAGUUAUUCAACAGCCUGAAAGGUGAGGGUUCACUCAAUACCACCGAAGUGAAUGGUCUGCAUGCUCAAGUAGCAGCGAAGGGCCUCUAUUUCACUCUUGGGAAGAUCUACCUCUUUCCCAUCAAAUACCAGAAGCGAGUUGGAUCAAUAAAACCAGAUGAUGUGGAAAAUGCGGUGAGGUUCUUUAAAUACGAUCUAGUGUGCAACGCCGAUAAAUGGGAGACUUGGUAUCGACUUGGCCAGACUUAUGAAGCACAAAUGGAGGACGGCCAGACCUGGAGUGCCGAACAGAUUAACACUAAGAGAGGGGAACUUGCCGCUCUAGAACGAGUAUGCUUCUCUCUCUCCUACGAAUCUCGUGCCCCUCCAAACAUCCUCAACCCACUGCUAACACCAUUAUGCAGAAAGCAAUACUAUGUUACAUGAAGACAUUAUCGCUUGCUAUUCAGAACGAACGCAUCGAAAACCCGGAAUGUGCGAAAACUCUGUCUACCCUCUUUGUUGAUUUUGGCACAAGGGUCUACUCCGCCCUUAGAGCUCCGAUGGAGAUGGAAGCGUUCUCUAUAGAGGGAUUUGAUAGGCAUUUUUCGGGGACACGCGGAGAAGGUGUAUAUAAAGCCGCUGCGCACAAAGGUCUAUUACCCACCAACGGGUUAAAACUUGCCAUGGCACUAUUCAAAAAGUCUUUACAACAAGCCCCCGAUAAUUGGAAGUAAGUGCCGUACCGUACCCUCCAUAGCGAUUUCCGCGUGUGCAAGAGUCAUACUGACCAUUAGCAGAGCUUAUUAUAUGAUCGGAAAGUGUAUGGGCAAGCUUCUGAAGAAAGCUGACAUGUACACACCGGGAGAAGUCUUGGAAAAAUACGUCCAGGCAAUCAAGCUCUGCCCCGAGAAGGUCGGCAGCGAUCAUAUCUUCGAGCCUCACCAUAGGUUGGUCUCAAGUACCUGUAAAUACGUUUUGCAGGGCUUAGUGACGGUGAGCACAGCUGCGAUUUAUUUUGUCCCAUUGAUCCCUCGUUACUAACCUCAGCAAUAGCCCGAGCGAGCAUGCGAAAUACUGCAGGUCUCGCAUUUUACGAAAAAGAUGGAACCUGUCAAGGACCGUGAAUCCUUUGUUAAGUAUAUUCUUGAAGUCCUAAAAAGAAUGCGGACGGCGGACAAGCCAAAAUGGCAUCACCGCAUGACAAACAGGGCAGGAAAACUCAAGUUCUCCGAGUUGGGUGAUGUUGCUGGAGCAAAGACCGAAAUUUCUUGUCUCUUCUCUAAUAAAUCCGUCAGUUUAAGCAUUUGGAAGCCCGAAAACGAGAGGUAUCUAUCUCCGCUCCCCCUGGCACCGCGGUUUAAACGUCUAACAUGCAAAUGGUGCAAUACAGAACCGGCAGGCAUUUUGUAUAUGCUUCAAAGUACACUAUGUUCUACGUCGACUUACUAGAAAAGUUAGACGACCGGACCACAUUAGAAGCCGUAACUAAGAGGGUGCGGAAAGGAACCACAGGCUUUUUCCGCCAUACCGAUGUCUGGCAACACGUCUUCUUAGCCUACAUACGAGUUCUCCGGCGAACCGGCAACAUACCAGAACAGAGCGACGAAGAAGUCUUCAAAAACGUUUCAUACGACGAAUUCAAUACCUACAGUGCUCGCCUAGAUACCUACUGCAACCUCAUUACAACUUCAUCUCCAACCCUAGACCUCCUCCGAGAGGUCUUCGAACUCCGUCGCCUAAACGCAGGUCUCGCCAGAACUCCUCUAAUAGACGAUCUCUUCGCGGACUCCUACGCAAAGCUAUAUGCGGAACUAGUCCCUGAGAUCCUAAACCAAAUCUUUAUGCACAGGGAGGAACCCGAGGCCCGUGCAAACCCGAUGUCACUCAAGAACUUGAUGUUUGAGGAGCAGCCGUCUGCGGACACCAGUGCUGUGAAUUUAGCUGCCGCACACUCCAAAUUAGACGAUCUGCCCAUUAGAGGAAAGAUGACCAAAGUUACAAAGAGGGAAUUGAUUUCCAAAGCUUGCAACCUCUGCAAGCUCGCUACCGCUGCGCCCAUGAGUGGGAAAACUAUCACUGCGCCAACCACCCAGCCCUCGGUAUAUUCCCCAUCCACCCACCCCUCAUAAUAACCAUAUAUCCACGUGUAGCUAACAGCCCACUACAGAGCCCCAAAGCCAGAAAUUCCCUCCUCCCCCCACAGGACGGCGGCUCCCCUGAAGACACGCCAAUGGGUAGUCCGAACGAGGGACCCCAAGACAGCGCCGAGGACCCCGGAUCAGAACUAGAUAUCUCGGGGAUGCGGAUGGAGGACGAAUAAAAGGAUUGUCUACCCCUCCCCCAUCCCAUCCCCCUCCUACUUUUUCCUUCCUCUCCUCCCAGAAGAAGGCGGUGAAAGCUUGUUCCUUCGCUUACCACGACCUGAUUACUAGCCAAGCUAGAUAGUGUAUAGAGAGGUGUUGCCUCACUUUGCUUUUCCCCCCUAAUGGUUUGCUGUGUAGUCUACAUUAGAGUAUAUCUUUCCUUUCCCCCUUCCUACUUUCUCCGCCUUGCUUUGUCCAGUUGCAUCGGGGUAUGGGAUGGAGGGCGUGUCAAGUAGGAUCUGUUAUAUCAUGUGUGCGAGAAUGAGACUAUGGGGUACCACAUUGCGAACGAAAGCUCUCAAACAGCAAUUUUUAUCCCUAAGCGCGUCUCUCUACCAAGUGACGGAAGCAUGUAGCUCUUCAAAAACGUCCUAUAAUAAGAGUUUUACCACCCAAAUAUGUUCACAUUCCAUCACUCGAAAUCCAUUCCGGCGCGAAUCACUACGUCCCAAGUCAUUG